AAGGAUGAUCGUGAACGGCUUGCGUGGUAUGACGCUCUCAGGCUCUGCCCUUCUCGCGCAACAUAGGUGGGAGCCAUUUUUGUUGUUUUCUAGGAAGUUUGAAACUCUGAUGACAAAUCCGCGAUUUGAACGAUAUCAACAAGUAUUCGUGAACGUGUACGAAGAAAACUUAAGAAUUUUUGAAAAAUGAGCUUCCUACUAACCUACAGGGCUCCGUCAUUCGAUGGUUGCUUUGUAUUUUGCCCCAUGACAUUUUAGUUCAGAAAACCCAGUCACUGGUUUGUUAGGGAGAAUUGUAUCUUCAAAGUAAGCAGUGCAAUGAAAUUUCCUGCUGGCUGUCCUCUCUUAGGAGAGAAAAUAUUAAUUUAUGGAGGCCCAAUUAGGAGCUGGUGGUCCUAUCAUGAUGCAGACGGUCACCAAUGCCGCAGGCCAACCAGUGCAGGUUGUCCAAGUCAAUCAAGGACAGGUACUUGCCGGAGGUCAGCAAAUUAUGGUUCAUGCACUUCCUCAGGCUCAGCAAACCAUACAAUUAGCUACUCAAAAUGGUCAAGGUAUACAACAGUUACAAGUCCUCCCGAUAUCUGCUUUGCAGGGUGGAGGACAGCAGAUCUUAAUUCAGCAGCCACAGCAGGCUCAAAUAAUUCAAAUGCCAGAUGGUAAUACUUUUAUUUGCCAACCUAAUCCGGUUGAGAAUUCUGUGCAGCAGCAACCAACUUUAAUAAAUAUUAAUGGAAACAUAGUUCAACUGGCCGCUGCGCCUGCAGCCCAGCCAACUCCUCCUGCUGCUCCUGUUGCAAGCCCAACCCCCACUGCAGUUCCAGUUCAGCAAGUAGCAGGUGUAAAUGGAAACAAUAUUGUAAUGAUGAUGCCAGGAGGAGGGGCUGGUGGUGUAACUCAAUUUUCACGUCUCCCAUUAGCUGGUGCAGAUAUUUUGGAAGAAGAACCUCUAUAUGUAAAUGCUAAGCAAUAUAGACGAAUUUUGAAAAGACGCCAGGCACGAGCAAAACUAGAAGCAGAAGGAAAAAUUCCUAAGGAAAGGCCUAAAUACCUUCAUGAAUCUAGGCACCGCCAUGCUAUGAAUAGAAUAAGAGGAGAAGGGGGGAGAUUUCAUUCUGGCUCAGUGAAAAAGAAAAGGAUGGAAGAGGAGCGCUUACGUCAGCAACAGCUGCAACAGCAACAGCAGCAACAACAGCAGCAGCAAGUCCAGCAACAAGAUGUCAGUCAACUAUGUUUGACAUAGAUGUACAUUCUAAUGGAAUGUGUUACUUACAAAACAUCUCACAGAAGUAGCUGAGCAUUUUAAUGUAAACACCCACUCAUAAAUUUUGACUUAGAUAAUCUUAAACUGAUGCAAGACGCACCAUGUUCUAGUUCAAACAGGUAUAAUGUUAUAAGUUACCAUAAUAUUUGUGCAAUCAAACAAAAACACCAAACAGAACCUAUUUAGCUCCAAGCAAGAGACUACUCAGUAGGUUAAUUUUUGUGGAUAAUUACAUUUAUGUUGUAAAAUAUACUUUUUUCCUCUUUUGUUUGUUUGGGGGGGGGG